UGUGCCAAACAGGGCUUAAGUCUGUGUCUGGGCAAAAUGAAAAUCAGAAGCAGACCAACUGCCACCGCCGAAAGCGAUGGGCAAGAAACCGUUUCUGUGGCUAUCGUUAACAUCAAUUCACGCAUACUCAUCAUCUACACUUUGCUACUGGCUUGUUAAUAUUGCGAUUGCUUGAUUUUUCGCCGUUUCCUUGCUCGAUUUUCCAUAGAAAAUAUCGGGUUCGCAACUAAAGGUUUCUUCUUCUUGUUGCCCGAUUCUGCUUCUUGGUUUCCCGUGAAUUUUCUGCAAUUCGCUGUUUCUGGUGAGAUGGAUCUCUCCCCGCUUCGAGGAUUAAUUUCAUCGUUUUGCUACUUUCAUCUAUUUGCCGCCGCAUCGGAUGGGUAAUGGCAAUUCACAAAUGGCGGGAAUCAAAUCUCAUAUUGAAAUGGAAUCACUAGAGGAAUCCUCAGUGAUUGAUAUUGAUGAUGAAUGCUUGAUCAAUCAUGGGUCUACUGAUAGGAGGUCGCAAUAUCUUGGAGCAGCUCGUUACAGAUAUGACACUGUUGAUUUAUGUUUGGAGGACUGUGGAUGGAAAGAUAUAUGGAAUAUGGUGUUGAGCAGAACCAAGGUUGUAUUCUUCUCAAGCAAAAUAAAUUUGCUGGUGCCUUGUGGGCCUUUAGCAGUAAUGGUCGAUUUCUUGACUGGUCAUCAGGGUUCAGUCUUCUUGCUAAGCUUGUUGGGCACCAUUCCUUUGGCAGAGCGGUUGGGUUGGGUUACAGAGCAGCUUGCUUUCUUCACUGGACCUACUGUUGGAGGCCUUCUAAAUGCUACUUUUGGAAAUGCCACAGAGCUUAUUAUAUCAAUUCAUGCGAUGAGAAGUGGAAUGAUACAUGUUGUUCAGCAGUCAUUAUUGGGCUCAAUUCUGUCCAACAUGCUGCUGGUGCUUGGAUCUGCUUUUUUCAGUGGUGGUAUUGCCCAUUCUGAUAAGGAACAAGUGUUUAGCAAGGCAAAUGCAGAGAUGAAUUUGGGAUUGCUCUUGAUGGCCGUUAUGGGCCUGUUGUUCCCUGCAGUGCUCCAAGUUACACACUCUGAGUUGCAUUUUGGAAAGUCUGUGUUGGCCCUUUCAAGAUUCAGCAGCUGCCUUAUGAUUUUGGCAUAUGCUAUCUAUAUAUUUCUUCAGCUAAAGGGCCAGACAAAUCUCUAUCUCCCUGUUAGUGAGGAAGAGAGUCAGACUGACGUGAGCUUGGAUGAUCAAGCAGCCCCUGACAUCUCCAAGUGGGAAUCAAUGAUAUGGCUCUCUAUCUUGACUGCAUGGAUCUCGUACCUGUCAGAAUACUUGGUUAAUGCCAUAGAGAUGGCGUCUGUUGCACUGAAUAUUCCGGUCGCAUUUAUCAGUGUUGUCUUGCUCCCAAUUGUUGGGAAUGCAGCAGAGCAUGCAAGUGCUAUAAUGUUUGCUAUGAAAGACAAGCUUGACAUAUCUUUGGGAGUGGCAAUAGGAUCAGCAACACAGAUUUCCAUGUUUGGGAUUCCUUUUUGUGUGGUUUACGGAUGGGUCUUAGGUAUACCUAUGGACUUAAACUUCCAACUUUUUGAAACAGCCACUCUUUUCAUGACGGUUCUAGUCGUGACCUUCAUGCUGCAGGAAGGGACUUCUAAUUACUUUAAGGGACUAAUGCUCCUCCUCUGCUAUUUGAUAGUUUCUGCAAGCUUCUUCGUACACGUAGAUCCUGAAUCAACAUUGGAUGAGCCUAAACUUAAAUGACUAAAGCGCACAGGAAGUUGAUCACUCAGUGAACUAGUUGAAUUGGCAGCAUGAAGAAUUCAUGAAGUUGAUCUGCUAAAGCUCAAGCUCAAAAGCUCCUGGUAUGUCACUGCACAAAGUCAAAAAAUAGAUCCAUGCUGAUGCCCUAUUGACUUGAAAAGUGUCACUGCCAGUGCUUCAUUUUUCUCUUUUAUACGCAGCUGUCGUUUGGUUUAUUGGCCUGAACAAAGAUGAUGAUUGUACAUACUCUCUAGCGUUCAUAUUAGAUUAGUAUUAACGAUAGGAUCAGUGUCAAUUACAGUUCUCUUCUUGCAAAAGAUACAGAAGCUUUCAUCAAACUGCAGAAUAGGUGAUAUAUAUAUAUGUGGAUAUUGGCAAAUUGAGAUGGAAGCUUUUAUCA